AUGCCCUCACUAACCCCCCAGGGUCGACGAUUGUUCUCUCGUCAUCCCCGUCCACAGUCGCUUGAUCUUCCUCCGCCCCCGCCCUCGUCAUCCUCAACUCUCUCCAUCGAAGAUCUCGACCUCCGUCCUCGCAGCUUUCAAGGCCAACCACCUCCCCCGGAGGGCUACUUCUCUCCGGAUUCUGUCGUCGCUUUCUCGCCUCCCCUGGGAGAGGAUUAUUUCCCUCGGCAUACCUAUACAGAGAGUGCCAGUCCCGAUAGCGUGCUGUCUUUACAGCCUUCUCUCUAUCGCUCGUCGACUGCCCCUCAUCCGCAUACUCAUCCCCCUCCUAGUAAUAGUCCUUCCUCUACCAUCACGACCACUACUAGCCCUACAACGGCCAGUACUAGUACGAAUAAUGCAAAUAAUAAUAUAAAUAUAAACACCCCACGAGGCCGCCGCGACGAACGCUCCUACGCACAAGAUCUGCAUCUCCGAUCGCGCAGUCCCAAAGCCUUUGCUCCGCGUCCUCACGAACGGCACAUCCCCAGUACGAAUCCCCAUGACCCCGCCGUGCAUCUGGGGACUUUCCGGUCGAAUCCCCGUACCAGUCGGAUCGGUGAUCAGGAACGACCCUGGAAAUUGACGAUUCCUGGCGCGGAGGAUGAUGAUGCUGGGGAGACACUAUUGUGGUUGGCAAGAGGGAGGUCUCAACCAGAGUUACGGUCUCAGUCUCGGUCUCAGUCAGAGUUGCAGUUGCAGCCACGAACGUAUCGGGAUCAUGAUCUCGGGAGUCGACCUCCUACAUACGAAGAGGAUCAAGCGCUAUAUCCCCGGCGCUCUGUGCGUCCGGUUGAGAAAUCAGGUUUAAACCCGGGGGAGGGUUCUAUGGCAGGUUCAGGCGGACAUCCAUCGCGCGGCCUGGCACGAGCGCUCAAUCGCAACGAUAUGCCUGUGGAAUUGCCGGUGCGCGGCGAGGACGAGUCCAGUGAGGAAAUUGUCAUGUCCAGUACAGCGUAUCCGGGACAGGAGUGGCGGCCAUUAGGACUGGAGCACAGUAUGAAUACUGAUCAUGAGUAUGAUCAUUACUGA